UUCUGGGACAGUAUGAUUCUGUCAUUUGUAUUAAAUACAAUCGUGAAAUUGGGACUUAAAAUGUAAAUGUGAUGACGCAGAUCUUCUUAAAUCCUCUUAAAUGUUAAAGGUGCAAUCGUAAAUGAAAUGUGCAAACAAUACACAAAAAUAUGUCUACAUUGCAGUCUCUGAUUGCUACAUUGAUUUGUAAUGUAUCUUAUUGUCUAUAUGACAUAAAAAAUAUAAAGCAUUAAACAUGACCGAGUAACAUAAAUUUCAUAUCGCCUGCAGUAAACAAGGCAAGAUUCUACACGUGAAAGGCGCGAUAUUUUUGCUGCUUCGUGAUUGGUCCGUGUGUAAACCGUGCGUGCCAUGAGUGCACGUGCGAGGUCAUGUGCCAAAACCUAACCAGAGAGACUGAAUGCGAUACGGGCGAGCGGUUCUCCCGCGAGACAUGAGCUAAUUAGGUACAAUGACAAGGCAUAUUUUUGUUGUUAUGCCUGAUACUUGUUGUAUUAAUAAUGCUGACUAAGUUAAGUUUAAAAAAAGUGGCCUUUAUGGUCACUCGUACUAUUAAAGCGAUUUUAUUUGGAAUGAAUUGGUAAAAGUGCAAAAGGCAUGCGAUUUUAAAGCUUUAUAUGGAAUUUAUGCCCACACUUAAAGCCCCACUGUUUCAGUGUAAUGAAUGUAUCUAUUUGGGUCUCGUGAUACAUUUUUCUAAUAUAUUUGUGAAAAUAAAACCGUUUUGACCGACAACAAAUGUGGAGUCAACAAAUGUGGAGUCGACGAGCCCUUGCUGUACUACUAACCAUAGAGUGACACGCCUCUGUGUCGUCACGCCUAAUUAAUUAUUCAUGGAGGACAUCGCAACCAACCUAUCAGCGUUUAAAAAACGUUUCUUUCCACCCCCUACAAAGGGGCACGGUUUACGUGCAUAAUAAAACACUUCUGCAGCUAACUGGAAAAUCGGGUCAAACACAGAAGUCUGAAUAGAGAGUUGUCAACCGGCGAGGUCAUUUCAGAUUAGAUUUUUCUUUUUUGAGUACACGAGAAACUGAAAAGAUUAACAUCUAUUUCUAGGUUAAACUAGGGAUUUCAGGUUGUCUUUAAAGUUACGCUGUUCUUACGCGCGGCACGAAAGCGUCGGUCAAAAUGGACGUGGUCCCUGUUUCCGUCACGUUGGACGUAGGCACUGAUACUCCAGCUGCUUUUCCAGUAGUUUUAAAGAAUAUAAUGGAAAUUCCGCCACCGAAUCUUCUAGAAGGCGACGACGAAAAUGAUAAAGAGAAGCUCUUCGAGGAUGUUGACUCUGAAGGGGUCAGUGGAAUGGGACCAUCAGCUGCCUUAACCCCUGCCAUCUGGGAAAAGACCAUUCCCUAUGAUGGCGAGACCUUCCACCUGGAAUACAUGGAUCUGGAGGAGUUUCUCAUGGAGAAUGGCAUUCCUGUCACUGGAGAGGAGGGUCAGAAAAAGGAUCCAGAGGAAGAAAACUUACAGCCGACGACUGAAAGAUCAUCCACGACAUCUGCUAGUAAAACCGCCGCAGAAAUCUCUCUUAUGCCACUCAUGGAACUGGAUCAGUGUGAGGAGGAAGUGGUCACAAUUACGGCAUCCAGCUCUAGCUCAACAGACAGCAAAUCAGAUGAGGACCGUGUGACGCCAGAGCCCAUUAAUCCAGACGAUAUUGUGGUAGACAUUAACUUCGAGCCGGAUCACACAGAUCUUGUGCUGUCCAGUAUACCUGGAGGUGAACUGUUCGACCCUCGCAAACAUCGCUUCUCCGAGGAGGAGCUGAAGCCUCAGCCUAUGAUCAAGAAGGCAAAGAAAGUGCUUGUGCCUGAGGAACAGAAGGACGAGAAAUACUGGCAUCGGAGGAAGAAGAACAACAUUGCAGCCAAGCGUUCACGAGAAGCCCGGCGGCUGAAAGAGAAUCAGAUCACAGUACGAGCAGCCUUUCUGGAGCGAGAGAACUCUGCUCUGAGGCAGGAAGUGGCAGAGUUACGCAAGGACUUUGGGCGCUGCAAGAACGUUGUGGCACGCUAUGAAGCCACAUACGGACCACUUGCAUCGACUGAAGACAUCUAAACAAUUAUUGAUUUAUUUGCAUUUUUGAAAGGCAAAAAAUUAAUAAUGGUGUGGAAUGAAGAGGAGGAAACUGGAGAUAAGUGAAUAUGUGAUUAAAACUGUACAGUUAAGUGAUGGUCUUAAAUCUUUAACAGUCACUUAUAUCAGCAUAUCCCUUUCAGUGUAAUCUUACUUCAUUGCAAAAGCACUGAAAGAGCAACAGCUUUUAAAAGUGUGUUUUGUUGUUGUAAUGCACCAGUGUAGAAGAGGCCUUUCCUUACCUGUUCUUGUUUUAUAAUAUCUAAGUAGUUUUAGAGUGUGAAAUAAUUUGCAUUGGAAGUCUCUGGUCUUUAUUCAUAAAGAAUCACUGGCAUUGACUUCAAUUUACUUUCUUAUGUAUCUUCAGUUUGUAUAUCUUCGAAUUCUUUGAACAAGUACAUCAAUUCAAAAAAUUUCCUUUGGCAAAUUUGGUACAGGGUACCAAGUGGUGCAUUUUGCCUGCAAAAGGAGAAAUAAAAGGCUUUUAUUGAAAUAAGGGGAGAAUGUAUCACAUUAAAACUAAAAAUGAAAACAAAACUGUAAAAAGGAAAUGUAAAUGUUUUGUCAUUACUGUCAGUAAGUGCUAGAAUUCCGCAGAACCUGUAACUGAAAAUAUGUGCUCUGUAUAUUUGCAAAACCUACAAAUAUUUCGAUAGUGUCUUUCAUAAUAGAUCUUCUAAAAUCAAAACUUGUUUACUUCAUAGUGGUAGUUUGCCAUUUCUGGGACUCGUGCAGGUCAGUUUAUGUACGGUAAUAACGAACUGUACAUGUGACGGAUCUUGUAUCUGCUUAGAACUUAGCAAAACGCUUGAAGUGGUGAUAUAGGAGUUUUUUCAUAUGUAUCAUAUGAUAUAUAUUUUUUCAGAUAACUUCAAAUACUUUACAAAAAUGGCUUUGCAGUGUGAACCACACCAUUCAUAGUUUAAUAUGAACCCAUAAGUGUCCUCAGAAGAGUGCUUGUUUAUAAAGGACGCUAGUGUUACAUAUCAGAAACUAAACUCAAACCUCUCGGAAGGGCAUCAGACCCCUGCUUGCAGCUUUCCUGAUUUUCAGGCUCAUAUUUUGUGCAACUUGUCUCUGUCAUUUUGAAACCUAUCAUCUUGUGCCCUCCAUUCAUGGUUGUUCAAAGAAAGUUUGGCUGACGUUUAUAACCAGGUUUAAUUAUGCAAAACUCACGUGUCCUUAUCAUGUGUUUUGUGGAAAGUGAAACUGAUAUGUAACAUAAUCUUGACCAAAGCUAACUUUGAUCGAACGCAGAAUGACUCGUGUUUAAACAAAUUUGUGGUCUGUAGAGACUUUUUUUUUUAAGUGCUCUAUGGUUUGUCAUUUCUCCUCGAGCUUCCUUUCUGAAAAGUGAGAUGUGAGAUGAGGGACAAGACAAUAAAAUGCAAUGGAGCUUGAAGACUGUUCUGAAAGGAAUAGUGACUGUUCCUGAUAAGACGUGUUUCUUCUGUUGAACUAGAAGAAAACUCAGUUGCAUAUAUGAGAUGUCAACUUUGUUGCAGUAAAGCUUUGUUUUGUCAAAUUUGAAUGUUUUUCAAAUUGUUACUGUUCUUUUGCGAGGAUUGAAGUCUUAUCAAGCAUUUCUUGACUUGUAAAUGUUGUCGGUGUCUUGCUUUUUUGUGUUGUACAUAUUAAAGAAUUUAAAAAUGU